AUGAAAGAAUUAGGUGGAGGUGAAACGGCAAAUCAAAAAAAAGAUGAGUAUAUAAUGCUUCUUACUAACACAAUUUCAGAGUUACAGCAGAAAAUAGAAGAACAAAAACGGGAAAUAUCAGAAUUAAAGAAUCAGAUAAGUGGAUAUUGUGAAGAAAUAAUCAGAAUAAAUAAUUUAUACCAAGAAAAACGUGAAAAAAAUAAGGAUCUCGUUGAACAAUGGAAUUCUCAGCAUUGCAAUCAAGAAAAGCGUAUACAGGAAGCUUUAAAUUAG